UCUACCAGGGAAUUCUUUAAAAGGAGCCUCCCCUCCCCACUGUUGCUAAACGAUUGCUCUAUCUGAUUCACUUGCCUAAUCAUCCAUGUAGGCAAAUGCAGGCGGAGUGCUUCUGGCUUCUCAACCAGCAGACACGGGAGAAAUAGUUUGGCGAGGUGGUUGGACAGAAAAGCAAUGGAGGCAGAGAGGUCCACAAAUGACGCUAAAUGAUGACACGUAACAGGCAGGAAGCAGGUGCAGUGAGAACACCGAAGCUGAGGGUCACAGAAGUCAGCACAGCAGCGCUGGAGGUCUCUGAUGGUUUUGCAGAACCUGCAGGCUGAGCACAGAUGAGUCAGGAAGCAUUCAGCCUGAUGUCCACCUGUCAGUGUUUGUCCAUCUGCAGCUCUUUAGCUUUGGUGUGUCUGCUGUGCAGCCUGAGCUCAGGCAGCAGCCAGUCUGUGAGGAACGGCUACGUCGGGGAUGACGUCCUGCUGCCCUGCAUCUACCCCGGGCAGCUGCCUGAUAAGGUCAACGCUUUCUGGAGGGACAAAGACGACAGAGUUGUGUUGGACAUCAUCAAUGGCAGAGAGGAUAAAACAGAUCCAAAGUUCAAAGGUCGAGUGUUCAGCUACCCAGAUCAAUACAAGAAGGGAAACCUCUCCAUCCUCAUAAAGGACCUGAGGGCGGACGACGCCGGCUCGUACGACUGCCACAUCCCCAGAAUGGACUAUGAGAGCAGACUGACUCUGAGGCUCACAGAGAAACCAGCUGUUAAAGUAAUGUUGGAGACUCCACCUCCUGCAGCACGUGAUGCAGCAGUAACCUCCUCCCUCCACCCGGCUCUCCUCUCUGCUCCUCUCUUUGUGCUGUUCUGCUUGUUAAAGUAGAGGUUUGAGUUUAAGUUAGUCAGAAACUAGAUCGUAGCUUCAAGUGAACAUUUCACGCUGUAGGAUGAAGGUAAGCAGUCUUUAUUUCACCAGUAGAAGCUUCAACCUGAGAAACAUCAGUGCAGAGCUCGGCCUUUCUCCCAGGUUCGUCCUGGGUUAGCCUCUUUGUUUUAUUAGAUAUCUUAUUAGCUGACAAACACUGCAAAUCAGAUGGGAUUUAGGUACAUCUGACUAACAGACAUUUGUGUCAGAUCAGUUUUCUCUGCAGUGAUGGAAGAAGCUGUAAAACAGCUCAGUUAUUCUUCAUGAAGAUCUUUAUGAUCCCUGAAACAGAAAAAGACACUGCAGCAUAAAGAGGAGGAAAUAAUAUGCCAACAACAUCCAUACGACCCUGAUGAUGACCAAAACUUCCAGGAUGUUUCACAGUAACAGCUCUUAGAGGCUGAUACUCGUCACACAGAGUGAAGCUCUUCAAGUUCUUCUUCUGUGGCUCUAAUUUGUGUGUUUGUGCUUCUGUGUGUUUGGAGACGAUUCAAAGUUCCUGAAGUUUGAGCUACAGCAUCUAGAACCACAGUGGGAGCGAUGGAGAGACUUUGAGAAUCUGGAGAAAGUAAAGAUAGCUGGGUGUUAAGUGCCUGAAAACUGAGUGAGUGUUGCAGUGGAUUGAAUAUUUCUGCCGGUUCAUUAAAGAAUGUGGCCACCAGGGGGAACCAUUUCACUUGAGAAUGACUAAGGAUGCACUUGAGGAUCAUAUGAACAGGAAUUUGAGGUUAAUUGUUGAUAACAGUUUGAUCGGCUCCUUUUCAUGCAGUUACAACCAUGUACCUACAUAUUAUUGUAUCUA